CUUCCAGCUUUAGAUAUUAUAACCUAAACAGUAGUAAGCAGAAGAGCUCUUCUUUAAGAAUUAAUUUUCGUAUAAUUUGAUGACCAUGGAUGACUCUUCUGCUUCAUACAUCCAUAUGGUGCACCAUCUUAUAGAAGAGUGCUUGAUAUUCAACAUGAGCAAAGAAGAGUGCAUGGAAGCUUUGUCUAAGCAUGCAAGUGUUAAACCAGUCAUUACUUCAACAGUGUGGAAUGAGUUGGAAAAAGAGAACAGGGAGUUCUUUGAGGCUUACACAAGGCAUAGAGACCAGAGAGCUACUGAAAUAGAGAAAAAGCAAAGAAUCCAAUCCAAGCUUGACAGUUUCAUGAAGGGGGAUGCCAAUAAGGAUUAGUUUAAUUAAUCCAUGAUCUAUAUAGCUCAAAUCAAGAUAUAGACUUGUUUAAGUGGUUUAGCCUUAUCAUGAUGAAAUGAAUAUGUUUACAAUUGCCAGUCCUGCAGACUUUGUGUUUGCUUUCUAGCUUUAGACCAACUUCAUUGGAGCCAUGGCCAAUUUCGUCUGCUAGUGUAGCACAUUCUUUGAAUUGGGUCUGAUACUGAUCCGAUGUUAUCGGUUGAUUUCCAAUAAGUUUAACACACUUUGUCCUUUACCCCCAUUUAGAGUCGGCUACUCUUUCUCUUUGUCAGAAGAGGACGAGUGGACUGUGUUUCGCAGUUGUCACAGUCCCAAGAUUUUUGGGUUUUAAUUUGGUUUUCAUCAAAUGAA